GCUUCCUGGGUGACGCGGAUGCAGCUCCAGCUGCAGAGAGAGAACCGAGCCAGAUCAGCUACUGCCAGCCCCGGUGGGAUCCAUGCCAGCCUGGGCAGACUUCUCCUGCAGACGCUGCGGCCCUCCCUCUCUCUGGCUCGCCAAGUGCAUGUUUAUGAAUGAAAACUGGAUUCAAAUCUGCAUUCGUGGUUGUGGCUACAACCCCAAGGAGUGGCGUUUACUCUGGAUGCAAUGGCGUGGGACCAUAAGGGAACGAUCUUAUGAGAGGCCAGAGACCUCCAAGGAGGCUGUUGUGCUUCAGCCAAAAGUAGGACCGCCUGCCUGAGGCCUUUACUGGAACACCAUGCAGGAGAAUUAUGAGACACUCAUCUCUCUGGCAGAAGAGAUGGCGAUUAGCCUGCCUCGGAUCACUGCGCUGGCAGAGUCCCACCGGAGAGGGCUGACAUCAGGAUUUCCACUUUCUAAGCCUGACCUGCUCUCUUGGAUGGACCGAGGGGAGGAUUUGUGGGUCCCAGACCUUCAGGAGUCUGAAGGCAGGGAGAUACUGAAGGAGGCCAGCCCAGGUGAUGAUCUGAGGAGAAAGAAUGAGGGGGAUCUUCCUCAUCCAGAGGCUCCCAGCAAGACAGAGUUAAGAGCAAAGAGUUCUCUAGAGGGGAAUCCAGUUGAUGGAGACAGCCAGCCAGAAGAGAGGCUAGGAACCUCAACAGCUGAAAGGAAAGGAGAGCAGAUGAAACCGCACCUUCUGACAGGGGGCAUCUCCAAACCCCUGUUGCCUCAUGGGAAACCACCAGGGGGUGAGAGAGGACACCAGUGUUCAGACUGUGGCAAAAGCUUCAGCCAGAAGUCCAACCUCCUGAGGCACCAGAGGCUCCACUUGGACGAGAGACCCCACAAGUGCGACGAGUGUGAGAAGAGCUUCUCGGAGGCCAAGGCUCUAGCCAAACACCGCAAAUGCCAUGUGGGCGACAAGCCCUACAAGUGUGAGGACUGUGGAAAAAGCUUCAGCUGGACCUCCCACCUGGAAAGACACCGGAGGAUCCACACGGGUGAGAAACCCUACAAGUGCAAGGAGUGUGGGAAAGCAUUCAGUGUCGGGUCGCACCUGGAGAGGCACCGGAGAAUCCACACGGGAGAGAAGCCCUAUCAGUGCAAAGAGUGUGGGAAGAGCUUCACCGUCAGCUCCACCCUGGUCCAGCACCAGAGGACUCAUGCGAACGACAAGCCCUAUCAGUGCCAGGAGUGUGGGAAGGGCUUCAACGUCAGCGCUAACCUUGUGGCUCACCAGAGGAAACAUCAGGGCCAGAAGCCAUACGAGUGCCCAGACUGCGGGAAGAGCUUCAGCUUCACUUCCCACCUGGAGAGACACCAGAGAAUCCACACAGGAGAGAGGCCCUAUCAGUGCACGGACUGUGGGAAAAGCUUCAGCCGCAGCUCCCACCUCUACAGGCACCAGAGAAUCCACACAGGGGAGAAGCCACGCCAGUGCAUAGACUGCGGGAAGAACUUCUACCUCAGCGUAGCGACCCUCCACCACCUCCAGACUUCCCCAAAUGGGGGCAGGGACCCCACAAAGUGUGCAGAAUGUAGCCGCAAACGGGCUGUCCCUGAGCCCCCGCUUCCCCCCUCCCCCCCGGUUUGCAGCGAGAAACCAUACAAGUGCCCUGACUGCGGGAAAAGUUUUGGUCAGAGUUCGUCGCUGGUUAAACAUCAGAGAAUCCACACAGGGGAAAGGCCUUAUCAGUGCCCAGAGUGCGGGAAGAAGUUUAGCUGGUGCUCUGCUCUCAUCAAGCACAAGAGAAUCCACACGGGAGAGAAGCCAUACCGGUGUGAAGAGUGUGGCAAAGCCUUCAGUGUCAGUUCCCACCUGGAGAGGCACCAGCGUGUGCACUCUCCUGACAGGCCGCACAAGUGUGCCGAAUGUGGGAAAACUUACAGAGAACUGGCCUCGUUGGUUAAGCACCAGAAGUCCCACGCAGCUGAGAGCAAGCGCUUUCGGUGUUCCGAUUGUGGCAAAAGCUUCAGUUGGACUUCCCACUUGGAAAGGCACCGGAGAAUCCACACAGGGGAGAAGCCUUACGAGUGCGGGGACUGUGGGAAAAGCUUCAGCGUCAGCUCCCACUUGGACAGGCACCGGAGGAUCCACACCGGGGAGAAGCCUUACCGCUGCAACGAGUGCGGGAAAAGCUUCAGCGUCAGCUCCACCCUCCUCCAGCACCAGAGGACCCACUCCAGUGGGAAGCCUCACAAGUGCAAGGAAUGCGGGAAGCGGUUUGUGGCCAGCGCUCAGCUGCUCACGCACCAGCGGACCCACCGGGGCGAGAAGCCCUACGACUGCACCGUCUGUGGCAAGAGUUUUGGCUUCAUCUCUCACCUGGAGAGGCAUCAGCGAGUCCACACAGGCGAGAAGCCUUACCAGUGCCCUGAGUGUGGGAAGUGCUUCAGCCGCAGCUCCCACCGGAAUCGUCACCAGCGCACUCAUUUGGCUGACCGGCCCUUGAAAGGAGGGGCGCGGGGAGGAACUGAGGUGGGGAAAGGCUUCUCCUCAUCCUCUAGUGCUAAGCCCCCCAAGGAGCCACUGCCCGCCCUUCCUGAACCUCCGCUCUCCCUCAUGCCGCCCUGGUGGAGCGAGGGGGACAGGAACUGCAACACCCCAGUCGCUGCCGCAUGGCCUGAGGUCCCGACUCCCUUCCAAGGCCCCAUCCCUAGUGCUGCCCCAGCUGGGGGGCUGCGGGGGUGGGGCAUGAAGGGGUUCUUGCCUCCAGAUCCGUGGAGACUGGGGGAAAGCAGCUCCAGCUGGGCCUCGGCUCUCACCCAAGAGGGCUGGGCGCAGCCUCCCUCCACAUCUUGAGUGGGUGCCUAAGCUUGACUUCCAGAGAUAUUUGUUCGGGAGAAGCCGUCAUUGUCCUUUUGCUCUCUUUAUGGUGUCCAGAAUGAGGCAGCUUUUAAGAAAACCACGUCCUGCUGGGGUCAGGGGUGGAAUUCUAGCAGGAGCUCCUUUGCAUAUCAGGCCGCACCCCCUGAUGUAGCCAAUCCUCCAAGAGCUUACAAAAAAAGAGCCUUGUAAGCUCUUGGAGGAUUGGCUACAUCAGGGUGCGUGGCAUAAUAUGCAAAGGAACUCCUGCUAGAAUUCCACCUCUGGCUGAGAUGGUGGUACUAUUUUAGGACUCUGAAGUGGGGUUGGUGGGACAGGCAUUAUCAUAUUGAAAUAUUCCUUCCCACAAACACUGUUUUCCCCAGCACACCUCUAGCAUGUUGAGAAGAAGGGCAUGUUAAGCAUCUUUCCUUCAGAGGUGUUAGAUUUCUAUGGAAGGGAGGCAUUCAGGGAAGUAUCGACUCCUCCCCCCCACACAUUCUGAGGUGCUACAGUCCCAGGUGGGUGUUUCCUCUGAAAUGUCAAACUUGGUUCUUAAUUCGGAAUAUUGGGAACAGGCUGAGAGAGCAUCCAGCUGAACAACUGGAGAGUGAAGCCAUAGGAGAAGUGAAUCCAGGAAUCCUAAAUCCAACUUCAAAUUGCCAGAUCUGUGAGUCAUGUCAGGCUUUAUCAGAAAAGCUCCAGCCCGGCUGCCAAAGCCCUUCAGUUAUUUGAACAUUCUUCUUCUGUCCAAUCCUACCUCACAACAUAUUCUUUAAGACCCCAGCUGAGUAGUCUAGUUAGGC